AUGUACUUCAAAACACUCGAUACAAUCAACUCGGCGGUGGCUCCAAUAAACAUCGACAUUGACCGCUACCUCAAGGCGAUCUUCCCCUUCAACAUCGUGUCCCAUAUUCCGGACCCUAUCAGACAUGUCAUGGGUGGCCGGUCGCCGGAGCAGCCCAAGCAGGCGCCACCCAGUAUGCUGCUCAAGAGCUGGUGGACGCUGUUCAACAGCUUUGCAGGACUCAUUGUUGCCGGAGCCACCAUCAAGUACGGUCCGUACUUCGUGAAUGGACGUCACGUUCCCGGCCUGGCUCCGUCCUCUGGAGCCACGGCAAUUCUGAUCUACAACGCUCUGGAGGCUCCUCUGGCUCAGCCCAGAAACGUGUUUGUGGGCACGGUAGUCUCCUCCAUCAUUGGCGUGGGUAUCUGCAAGCUCUUUAUGCUGGGAGACAAUGAGGACUAUCUGUGGAUCAGCGGCAGUCUGGCUGUGGGAAUUGCUUCCGUGGUCAUGAGUCUCACCAAGACCAUCCAUCCUCCUGCGGGUGCCGCAGCUCUAUUGGCAUCCAUCACUCCAGACUUUAGACACCUUGGAUGGAAGUAUGUUGUGGUGCAGGUCGUGAGCAUGUCGCUCAUGCUGGCGGUCGCCUGCUUGCUCAACAACAUCCAGAUGGUGUAUCCCAUAUAUUGGCUAUAUCCUGGGCCUUCCAAAGCUCCUGUGGCUGUCCCAGAGCCCGAAAAGAAGCCUGAAGAGCCGCCGAAAUCAGAACCCGCUUCAGAAACUGACGACACGACCCUCACAGUCUCGGCAGUGGGAGUGAACUCACCCAUUGAACUCACAGAAGCCGAACAGCUGGUUCUCGCAGGCAUCCAAAGACGUUUGGCUGAUGGUCUGCCGUAG